UGAGAAAUGAUGGUACUCCUAAUGAAAAGAAAUAUUUCGGCGAAUAUCCUCAUGUUAUAGUAAAAGGUUCUGAACCUCAAAGGUAUUUUAUUAAAGAUCAAUAUGGAAUGAUAGUUCGAGCUAAAAAUCGGGAAGUUGCAGAAAAAAUAUUAGGGGAUGGGCAGUUAAUCGCUUUGAAUACAUUCCCUGUGGGUACUGCUUAA